CGUUACGAUUGGCUAGACAUCCUUGUCCUAUCAUCAUGGACCUCUGUGUUCCAUCUUCCCCUUAUCAACACUUACGUCGCUUGAGAACCUAAAGAGCUGACAGGCCUAAUCUAGAUGAUUGAGAUUGGCUUGGACCCAGGGAACCGAACUGGAGGGAUUGAAUCGCCUAUCAGGGUCCUAUCAGGGCCUAUCAGAACAGCUAUAUUUAGGCCAAUACUCACAGGAGGAGCCACGGACAACCCCGACUAUCCAACACCAACCGGAAAGAUACGUUCAAGCCAGGCCGCCGUCGAUCAUUCUAGCCCGCUUUCAAACGCGGGGUCCCAUACAUAGGCGAAACCCAGCGAUCUCCUAUCCCCCCAGGUCUGCUUCCC